CCCUCAGAGGCUUCUCUCAGAGGGCGGCUGGCGGGCUUGAGCGGCGGCCGCCUUUUUUUUUGAGGGGAGUUUGUACGUCGCCUUCCCUUGGCAGACCUUCCCUUCUUCGCUUCGUCCGGCCAGAGCGAGCCGCGGAAGGCGCAAAAGGGCUACCCGCCUCCUUUCCUCCCGCCCGCCGGCCGGUCGGCGCCCCUUUUCCCCUCAGCCUCGCCUCCACUCACGGAGACCAACAUGGCGGCGGUGUCGGGGGCCGCCGCGGGCAGCUGUGGGAGCCCCGCCGGGGUCCCGGAGAUGGUGCGCGGGCAGGUCUUCGACGUGGGGCCUCGCUACACCAACCUCUCCUAUAUCGGGGAAGGGGCUUACGGGAUGGUCUGUUCAGCCUAUGAUAAUUUGAACAGAGUCCGGGUGGCGAUAAAGAAAAUCAGCCCUUUUGAACACCAGACUUACUGUCAGAGAACCCUGAGAGAGAUCAAAAUCCUGUUGCGUUUCAAGCAUGAAAAUAUUAUUGGGAUCAAUGACAUCAUUAGGGCUCCAACUAUUGAUCAAAUGAAAGACGUCUACAUUGUGCAAGAUCUCAUGGAGACAGAUCUUUACAAACUCUUAAAGACUCAACAUCUCAGCAAUGAUCACAUUUGUUACUUCCUUUACCAAAUUUUGAGAGGACUGAAAUACAUCCAUUCAGCCAACGUCUUGCACAGGGACCUCAAACCGUCCAACUUGCUGCUAAACACUACUUGUGAUCUCAAGACAUGUGACUUUGGUUUGGCUCGUGUGGCAGACCCAGAUCAUGACCACACUGGUUUCCUAACAGAAUACGUAGCUACGCGUUGGUACAGAGCUCCUGAAAUCAUGUUGAAUUCUAAGGGAUAUACCAAAUCUAUUGAUAUUUGGUCUGUUGGCUGUAUUCUGGCAGAGAUGCUAUCCAACAGACCCAUCUUCCCAGGAAAACACUAUCUUGAUCAGCUCAACCACAUUCUUGGAAUUCUUGGGUCUCCUUCCCAAGAAGACUUGAACUGUAUAAUCAACGCGAAAGCAAGAAAUUACUUGCUUUCUCUACCGUAUAAAAAUAAAGUCCCUUGGAACAGAUUAUUUCCAAAUGCUGAUCCCAAAGCCCUUGAUCUGUUGGAUAAAAUGUUGACUUUCAACCCUCACAAGAGAAUUGAAGUGGAAGAAGCUUUGGCUCACCCCUACCUAGAACAGUAUUACGACCCCAGCGAUGAGCCUGUAGCUGAAGCACCUUUCAAAUUUGAUAUGGAGCUGGAUGACUUGCCGAAGGAAAAGCUGAAAGAACUAAUUUUUGAGGAAACUGCCAGAUUCCAGCCGGGAUACAGAUCGUAAAUGGCAUAAGGGAUAAAGGAAUUAAAGGGCUGGGCACACUCUUCGUAGACGUUCUCUUCCUGGAUCUUUCUCUAUGAUCAUAUGACGUGGCCUCCUUCAGUUUAUUCCACUAAACAUUUCAAGCCAUUCAGGAAGGACCAUUUCUAUGGUCGAUCCUGGCUUUCUAUGUCUUCAACCGAUUCUCUCUUUUACGCCUGAAGAAACAUUACCAAUACUCCUGCGUGUAAAACCGGUCUUUUUGCAGGUACUAUCUUUCUCUCUAAACACACCAACCCUUAGGUGACGGCCGAUAGGUUUUAGACCCUGUCCCUUUCUGGUUUGAAAGAUGCAGUGUUGGUUUCUGACCUUGAGGAGGGCAGACUAUUUUAUACCUUGAAUCAUUUUCGUUUUCUAGAUUUUUGUAACGUCGUUUGAGAGGAAAAAGAAAAUAAUAAUAAUUAAGGAACAUUGAGGGCACUUUAAGUCAGGGGCAUUCGCCACAACUUUUGCACUUCUUUAAGCUUGCCAUGUUUACUGACAUGCACAGUACGAGAGGACAGAUCCAAGCAUACACUGUAUUUAUACUUUUCCUUCCCCCCCCCUCCCCGCUGUGGGCAUAAAUUAAGGCAGGUCACUUCAAUGCUGAUGUCUCAGCAAACGAUGCAGAAAAAAAACCCUGCCCCUUCUUUUCCCCCACUUUAAGAGGUCGUAGGUACUUGUGCAAUUUUAACUUUGAAUGGUACACCUGGGAUUUCUAAGGCCACAGUUGCAAGAUGCAUCUGCUUACCCAGAAGCCAAUCUCGUUGAUUUGAACAGGACACCAUCCCCGCCAACUUUAGAAUUUCGGUCGUUUUCAACCCAGAAAGUUACUUAAAGUUACUACGAAAUCUUAACAUUUGAUGGGUUUCUUUUUCUGGAAAUGCAUCCAGGGGUAAUAUGUAUUAGCAGAGAAACUUUUGUGUGAACACUAAACUCCACCCAAAUACAAAGACUCCUCACUUGGUACCUUUCUUUUGAAUGUAUGUGGUGGGCCCUGGGGGGAGGGGGGGAAGGAACACUGCAUCUUUAAAAUAAGAAAGUGAGAACAACUUAUUUUGGCAGCAUGUUGGCAUCUUGCCUUUAUUUCCUGUAAGGUUUCCAACUCUCUUCUCCUAUGCUUUCAGAAUUUAUAACUCUGGACCUCUUGUUCAGUCCGCUAAUAUAAGUUGCAUUAUGAAGACCCCUAACCCGGGCUCACAAAAUGAACCUGUCACUUGGUACUCUUUCAUCAAUACUCUGCUUUUUUAUUUUUUAUGAUAGCUCUUCAAGUAUUUGUUUCUGAAACUGUACAGUGUGAAAUUUACUAGAUGUUCUGUUCCAGUGCGGUGCCUCAUUGACACUUCCCCCCCUCCCCCACUGCUCUUGGUGAGAAAUUUUACCUUGUUCUAAAAUGAUGACUGUGUCUCCUCUUCGCAUGACUGUUAAAAAGCUUUCUGUGCACAGAUGAUUGUCUUAAGUGCCACAUAGCUGGAGCUGAAACAACAACAAAAAAAGUUACCUCUUAAUUAUGCUCAAUGAAAUUCUCCCCAGCAAGCAGAACAUUUCAUUGGGAGAGAAUAAAGCGUGUUUUUAGCUGUUCCAUCUUUCUUUGCUCUGUUGUAUUUUGGCAGCAGUGCCCUUGUUAAUGAAUCAAAAUAUUAAAAUUUGGUUUUGUAUGUUUACCUUUACUUUUUCCAAAUAAUUUUUGCUUACCUUUUGAAGAAUUUUUUAAUGGGAGUCUUGCUGUUUCAGUCUUGGGGUUAACUUGCGCUUCAUUUUACUUCCUGCCAAGGCGAGAAAGUCUUAGUGGAUUCUUAGUGGGCCAAUCGUUAUGCUUAUAUACUAAAAGGAGUAAGUUUUUUUUCUGUUAAGGAUGUUAAUGUGGCAUUAUGGUCUUACAGUUAGUUAAUUUGUUUCAAACAAAUAUCCAAAAUCCCAUUGAGCUCGGUAAAGACUGUUUGUUAGGAAAUUAGAAUUCCAGUUUUGGCUACUUUAGGUGCAUCCAAAAUUGCAUAAAGUGCAUAUCAAAGUUUAUUAGGUGUUUACAGAUAACCGCAUUCUACAUUCAUACAUAAGCAAUCAGCCUGCUAAACCAAACUUAGUAAAAUUGUGUCUCUGAAAGUAGCUCUCUGUUAACUCUUGUGGAACCUGCAAAAAGCAUAUAUUGAGAAUAUUGUUGGAAAAGGUUUGAUGGGUUCCAAGUUCUCUGCAACUUCCUAUGACUGUUGGGAUUGCUCUCAGAUCUGUCUAAUUUUUUUUUAACAUAGAUUUACCAUAAUGCCAGUUAAAUUGAAGUGUUCUUGGGGUUUGACUUGCAUCUUUAUUGCAACAUUAAUUUGGUGCUUUUUAGACUGUUGCGAGUCUCUCAAGUGAAACAACACAGCAAUUUUUCUUACAAGAAUGGAAAGUUUUGUUGACUUAUGUUUUGUACUGUCUGAUUCACCUGCAAUUUACAAUUGGACAAAGGAAGCUACAGACAAAACAGACUAAAACAGUGCUGCCUCCAACCUUUUGGAUACCAGGUUUCGUGGAGAAAGGUUUUUCCGUGGACUGGAUGGGAUAUGGUUUUGUAUGCUGCCUGCAACCUGUGGAUGGGGUUUUGCUUUUUUGUGCGGACUGGUUUCUGGCAGGCUGCAGCCCGGAGUUGGGGACCCCUGUACUAAAAUUUGCUUUGAGAUAUUCAUUCUGCCUGUCAAUUGACUUCUGGCCACCAACUGUUCGUUAAAGGCACAUCUUUUGACAGAAUAGAAUGUCUUGGUGAAAAAAGUAAGGCUC